AUGGUCAGACUACCCUUUGUGGUUAAUUUGAUAAGCCAAACUCACCCGGGAAAGCAAAUUCCGAAACAUACUCACUUCACAAUGUUCGGCAUUAUCUUCCUUGUAAUUCUUAUCGGCGGUGUCAGUGCGAGAAAGACUCAGUUAGAAGUAGAAGGACGUUUCCUCUGCGAUGAUGAUAGAAUCAAUUGGGCUGUCUACGCGGAACUAAGAGAGCGAAACGUAAUCCUGGAUGAAAGUCUCGACUGGGUCAAUGUGAAGGCCAACAACCGCUUUCGACUGAGAGGAUUUGUGGAUGAUAGCACCAACGAGCCUUACCUUGUAAUCAGGCAUACCUGUCGCGGUGAGAAAGACGAAAUUAUCGUCAAUUUCGGGAAGAAAUAUGAUGAUAUAUGGAUCGAAAUGGGAGAUGUGGAUCUCAAUGAUCCAUUACUGCAAAAAUCGUUGAGGACCAAAUACGAGACGGACUAA